AUGGCUACCAACACGGUUGAAAAGUCCGCUAUCCAAAGCGCUACCCAGGAGAAACCUCAGCCUGCUCCGGAUUUCCUACACCAUCCCUACACCCGUGCAGUUCUGCCUUUUGUCAACGGUGGACUGGCAGGAAUGUCGGCUACCGUUGUCAUUCAGCCUGUUGACAUGAUUAAAGUGCGCUUGCAAUUAGCUGGUGAGGGUGUUCGUGAAGGCCCUCGUCCAACCGCCUUCGGCGUGGCUCGUAAUAUCAUUGCCUCGGGCAAGGUUCUGGACCUUUACACCGGUUUGUCUGCCGGUUUGCUUCGGCAGGCCGUCUACACCACCUCUCGCCUAGGGUUUUUCGAAACCUUCAUGACAUCACUGAAGAAGACUGCCGAUUCCUCCAACAGGAGCGUGACGUUUGGGGAGCGUGCCGUGGCCGGUUUGGCUGCCGGGGGAGUUGCUGCGGUGAUCGGUAACCCGGCUGAUUUGGCUCUCAUCCGUAUGCAGGCGGAUGGGUUGAAGCCAGUAGAGGCUCGUGCCAACUACCGUUCUGUCAUCGAUGCCUUGGCCCGCAUUCCUAAGGCGGAGGGUAUUGGAGCGCUGUGGGCAGGUGCUCUCCCAACUGUCGUGCGCGCAAUGGCUCUGAAUCUCGGCCAGCUUGCUUUCUUCUCCGAGUCGAAGGCACAAUUGAAGAAGCACGCCCCUCAGCUCUCUACCCGCAGCCAGACCUUUGCCGCGUCGGCCAUCGCUGGGUUCUUCGCCAGUUUCCUGUCCCUGCCGUUCGACUUCAUCAAGACUCGGCUGCAGAAGCAACAGAAGGAUCCCGCCACCGGGAAGCUGCCAUACAGGGGCGUUCUGGACUGUGCUCGCAAGGUGGUCCGCGACGAGGGCUGGUUGAGGUUCUAUCGUGGCUUUGGAACUUACUACGUGCGAAUCGCGCCUCAUGCCAUGGUUACGCUGCUCGUGGCUGACUACCUCAACUUCCUUACGAAAUAA